UCAGCUGGCUAGCAAGUAGGGGCUAUCUCUCGCCCGGGAUGUCCUUCCAUUUUGACGAUGAAGACCAGAACGUCCCUUAUGCAUAUUAUACACCAGGGACCCUUCAGCGGGACACGGCCCAAAACGUAUGGCUGGUGCCUCACACAGCAACGAACAGGGCGCCACUGCAGGAGCACAAGCAGCAGGUGCUGCUGGAGCUCAUCGGCGCAUCUUCCACCAGCGAACGCUCCGGGUUGGACCUCGUGGCUGUCCUCGACAUCAGCUACAGCAUGACGGGUGCGAACAGGCUCGGCAGGAUGAAGACCGCCAUGCAGUUCGUCAUCAGGAAGCUCAGCCCCAACGACCGUCUCUCCAUCGUCACCUUCUCCGACGACGCUCAGAGGCUGUGCCAUCUUCGAUCCAUGACCCAGGCUUCAAAGGCACACCUAGAGGAUCUCGUCGACGGCCUGGGAGUCAUCAACAUGACCAACAUGGAAGCCGGCCUCAAGACUGGCCACCAAAUCCUCGACGGCCGCCGUAUCGCCCGCGGCCGCGUUGCCAGCAUCUUUGUGUUGUCCGAUGGGGACCAGAACAAAGGCGAUGCUAGGACCGUUGAUGUCAGCGAUGUGGCGGUCUACACGUUUGGUUUUGGUGCAGACUCCAACCACAAGGUGCUGGGGGAGAUCGCAAUGAAGAGCAAAGGAGGAACGUUCAACUUCGUCGAGGACGGGGAGAGUAUGAGCGAGCCGUUCUCGCAGAUCCUGGGUGGCCUUCUCAGCAUUGUCGUCCAGGACCUGAAGCUCACCGUGUCCCCAAAGCCAGGCGACUCCACGAUAGAGAAGGUGAACGCCGGUCUCUACCAGCAGACCAAGGACACCAACACCGGCUCGGUAACCGUCAGCUUUGGCGAUCUCUUCGCUGCAGAACUACGCAACAUUAUGAUCGAUGUCCUCCUCCCUACCGUCCACAGGAGUAAGAACGUGACGGUCAUCAUCGCCAGUUGCACAUAUAGUAUCAACGGAAAACCCUUCGUCUCCCAUGAAUUUAGGGUCACUAUACGCCGCACCGGAUCAGCUGACCCUUCGUCUCCAAUUUCGGAGGCCGUGCUCACUGAGCAAGUCCGUCAAAUCUACAUAGAGGACUUACGGCAGGCGAUUACACUGGCAGACAGCGUGGGCCUCCAAGGAGCCAAUACCAAGCUGGUGGAAGCCAGGAACAACCUUCAACUUGAGCAGUCCAACUCCAUGAUUGACAUCCUCAGGGCCCAGCUGGAUAAGCUCAUCGAGUUGAUCAGCUCGGGAAUGGGGUUGAAGGCUCUCCGCGCCUGCCUGCUGUCGAUGAUGAUGUUGCAUGGCCGCCAGCGCGUCACGGAGACAGGCCCCGUCAUGGGCCACAAGCUCUACGUGACGCAGUUCACGGACAUGUCCCGGAAGCAGGCCGGAGAUCAUGAGAAGGACCCCGCCAAGGUGCCGCCGCCAGCCUCUCAGGACGUCGAGCAGGCGAAGGUAGUAAGAGAUCAGCAGGGCAUCAAGAGGCCGCCAGCCGUGGUGGAGGCGGCCACCUGCAGCUGGAGGACCUGGUGGAGGGAUCGGAAAUCACAUCACGAGAGCUCCAGGUGGGCGAUGGUGAUCCUGUGCACGGUGCUCGCCGUGGCCAUGAUCGUGAUCGGCGUCACGCUGCUCGCCGUGUACCUCCUCAACAUGCCCAAGAUGCCAUACCUGGUGGUCUCCGACGCGCAGCUGGGGGCGCUACGGUACGCCCAGCAGGACGGCACCAUCCAGUACCUUCAGCUGCCUAUCACCAUCCUGGCCGAGAACAACAACUCCAAGGCGGAUGCCACUUUCUCCCAUGUCGACCUCGCCCUGCAAUUCCACGGAGUCGACGUGGCUCUCCUGCGGACGCCAGCACCUUUCGUCGUGGCGGCGGAGAGCUCCCUCGCACUUCAGUACAACGUGGUGUCGACGGGACGGAGACUGGACCCAGCUGGGAUGCGGUCCAUGGACGAGUCGCUCAACGCCGGCAUGGUGCCGUUCGACCUGCGGGGCAAGGCACGGGCGCGCUGGAAAGUGGGCAUCUUCCUCAAGGCUCACUUUUGGACGCGCAUCUCGUGCCGUCUACACUUCUUCUUCCCCGGCAACAGCACCGUCAAGCCCACCGAUCUUCGCAGAUGCCGCUCCAGGUAACCGUAGUCGAUCGUCAGUACCGCUCCUCCUCUGCUAGCUCGCCGAGUGGAUCCACUUGUAUCGAACACAACACAUAUACAUAUAACCAAUGUUGGUCAGUCAAUUUAGCACGCAUAAAAGACAUUUGUAAUUCAAUUUUACUAGUCGUCACUAUAGAUUUUACAUUCGCACGGGCUAGUCUAUAGCACUCUAAAACAUUUAUUCAUUUGUAUUACAAACAAUUAUUGAUGUUUUGUUUAACGCUUUCU